ACGUCAGCGCGCAGCGGCGACGCUUCAACGUGCGGCGAUUGGGCGAGCCGAGCGCUAAACCGCACAUUACACCCCCCAAAAAAGACGCCGACAACAACAAAAAACAACAGCUGCGGCCACAUGAGGCCGACUAAGAACACACGCGCACCGUCGGGGCUCAAGCUAUAAAGACUUCGAUGUCACGAUGGCUGCACAUUUCACCAUUUCCGACAGCGAGUCAGAGCCCUCGGAUGGGGUAGAGGAAAGAGAAGAUGGCCAGUUAUCAUCGGGGCAAGAGCAGCAGCGUCUUCAACGUCACACCCUCACCUUACCUGAGCUCAGAUUGUCAGUGCCCGGUCGAAACAGGGGGAACUCCGAGUCCCAAGCUUCCACUGCCUCCAGAGAAGAGGAGCUGUGGCUAGACGAGACCGGGACGCCCACUGAGGGGGCUCCAUUCCGGGUACGUUCCAAGUCGGCUCCCCCGGCUCUGUGGGCAGCCAAGAAAUACGGACGGCAGCUCCGAAGGAUGAGCGACGAGUUCGACAGCCUGCUGGACAAAGGGGAAAUGAGGAGGGUAAAGAGCGCCGGGACGACCAAACAGAUGCAGCACUCCAAGAGCUGGUGGAGUUCCCUCUUUAGUCACCAGGAGAUGGAGGGAGAGAACAACCACCAUGAAAGCCACACUCACCGCACUGAAUAGGCACCGGGGGAGGAAUUGAGAGUGGCGACGGGUGGGUUCGAGGAAUCGAUGGCAGGGAGAGGAAAGCAGCAGUGGGGAGGGGUGGGGUGUGGGGGGCAAGAGAACAAUUGUGAUGAUGAGAACAAAAAAACCUGCUCUGGGAGACGAUGGAUGAAAGGUUGGUUAGAAGGAGGAAAAUCCCCAAACACAGAGGCAUGGCUAAGUGUCCCGUCCUGGUCAUGUCACUUUAUUACGGCAUUGGUACCGGCAGCGAAAUAAGACUUUUUUUUCUUUCUUUUUUUUUGUAUUUGUGUUGGUUGUGAUGUGACGUGCACUGCGAAAUGUUAACGGUCAGCGGCAAUCUGACACCCCGUAGGAUGGAUGCAUUGAGAGACCAGAGAUGAUCUCUUGAACACGGAGAAAGACAUAAGUGGAUUUGAGCACUCACCACUUCAGUUAUCUCUCCCAUCAGCACUAUGCAAUAUACUGUAGAUGGGGGGGAUACAUGCACUGAAAUCAGAACCCCCUACUUUUAACCCCCCCCCCCCAGGAUGCUUUUGGAAUUUCCUUCCCUGUUGUCUCGAGGAAACCAGCAAUGACAGAGUGAUAGUGAUGCUUGUUAGGCUUCGCUCCCUUUGUUAGUGCUUAAAUACAACUGAGGCCACUUCCCCUGCAGACGACAGAGGGAAGAGUAUAAAAGGGAAGGAUUUUUUAAAGUAUACAACUUUGGGGGCCAUUAUCCCGCUUCCUGUUCUACUACCUGCAAGCCAGUACCAUUUACGCAAACUGUACUUGACUAUCAUUAACUGCUUUAUAUCUCAAAUUUAUAGAAGAACAAUCUCGUACGAGGACAAUCUCCGUUGAUGCAGAAAUACUAUCUUUUGUAUAACUUCAGGGCUAGAUUAUAUCUAGAUAAAAUGACAUUAAGCAUAAAUAUAAAAGCACAAACCAAUAUGAAUCUAUCUUUGUAAAGCCUCGGAUGAGCCUAAAAAACAGACGUGGGACGUUUAAUAAGUUUGGUGAACCUAGCAAUAGGCAGUGUACAAUCCAUGGCUGUGAUGAUCAAUGUUAUGUGCGUAUUUUACGUUGUGGGUGGGGAAGAGUUAACUGCUUGACCACUAGCCAACACGCCGGCCUUUGGUCCAAUUUAUUCAGUACCCAGUGCAUAUAGAGGAGGGAUUUAUAGAGUGGACGCCACAUUUAAGCGCAGGCGGGGGGGGGUGUCAACUUGAUGAAUCAGUUGCCGGUCUGGUUUAUGAAAUGAUUGAAUACAAGUUGCUGCAUCUGAUCUGCACUGGAAUGAGAACAAAGUGAGGAUCACCAUCUAAGCGGAGUGCUGAUCUCAGGUAACAUUUGAUUUUAAUGUAUUAUAUUCAGGCUUUUAAGGACUACACGGCACAUACUACAAACAAUAUGACAUUUGUCGGUGUUGUUAUUCCUAUUAAUGAUUAUAAACAGCGAUCAGCACCUCCAACCGGCUUGGUAAAUACGAUGAGGCUAUUUGUGACUUGUUUCUCGAUGUGUGAUUAUUGAACAUGGUAAUAGGUGUCUUACUCACUUGAGUUGUGUAGUGCUCGGGUGGGCAGGUUAAGGGCGCUGCAUUUGAUUUGUCUUAAGAACCUUUCCCCACCUUUUUUUUUGAAAGACUUUCCUUCGCUUUGAAAAGCAACAUUUUUCAUUUUUAUCAGAAUUCCAGACAAUCCAAAUGUCAACUCCUUUCUAUCACCCGAGUCUAACGACAUUUUUAUGAGUAUCUGGUCAAUUUAGACUUACUAAGAUCUGUGUCUGCGCUGUGACACAAGCAGUGCAGUUUAAUCCGCUGGGCGAGAGCACGUGCGCGGUGUCGAAUAUGAAUAAGAGUUUAAUAUUGUGUUGAACUGCCUUGAACAUGCUGUAACUUGUGAUGUGAAGCCGCAUAACCGGCCUUGUCCGUUUCCCAAAAUACCGCCUUAAACUUUUACAGCUCACUGUCAAAUAUUGCGCUCGACAAAAAAAAAAAAAAAGAGGGCACAGUGAUGUGCGUUUGCUGUCACAACUGUGAGAAACAUAUUAUGAUAGUGAGUGCUGGGAAGGCAGAGUUUCAGAAGAAGUCAUGUUGUAAUUUGGGCAUUGAAAACGUGGCGGUGAACACACCCCGCGGGGAAAACCUGCCCGAGCACCUGGAGUCUUGCAACCAUCCUUGGUAUUACUUGAAUCUACAGAUGUGUGAGGAGAAAUUUGCAUUACAAUGUUUCUUACUUUUUGGGGGGAUUUCUUCACAUUUUUUUUAAUGACCUUUUGUAAAUUUUAUCUACAGCUUUGAAACUUCUGGUAUAUACUGUUCUGAAUAAAUCAUUUUAAGAGUGA